AUGAGCACUCACGACCUCUUGCAGACCGAAGCUGUCCUGGACGAGGAAGAAGAUGAGUCCUUCGGCGAGGAGGGCGGCCAGUCAAAGGAUGUGGAGGAGAACGGUCACUACGAUGACUCCAGCGAAGAGGAGCUAGACGAUGAAGACGAGGAUGCCGUGCGUGCGGUCCGAGAAGGCUUUAUCGUCGAUGAAGAGGAAGAAGACGAAGAGCGGACGGCCAGGCGCAGGGAGAAGAAGAAGCGUCGGCGGCAGGAGCGUAUAGAGGAAGAAGAGCUGCUGGACGAAGACGACCUCUACCUGAUCAGAGAAAACAAUCCCGACUUUGAACUCCCCAUGCACAAUGAGUCCAAGUUCAAGCGUCUAAAGCGCGGCCACAAAGUCGGACGGGACCAGCCACAGGGCAUCAACGACAUCUUCAAUUCAGACGAGGAAGAUGAAGUAGAGACAUACGGACGUGGCAGAGACCGGAGGAACAUGCACGAUGACCUUGACGACUUUAUUGAAAAGGAUGUCUUCUCAGACGAAGAUGAGCGCCAGCAGGAGGACGAGGAGAUCGCCCGUCCAGCCAGAAAGGGACUCUCUGGUUUCGCCGUGACCGAAGCCACUGGGCUCGAUGAAGCCGCUCUCGAGGAUAUGCGCAUGGCCUUCGGAGACGGAAAUGACUAUCUUUUCGCCCUCGAGAUGGAAGACGAGGAAGAAGAGCAGGAAGAGGACGAGGAGAAGCAGCUCGACCUCAAGGACGUGUUCGAACCCUCGCAGCUCGCCGAGAAGAUGAUGACCGACGAAGAUAACAUCAUACGUUCGACAGACGAGCCUGAACGGUACCAGCUUGCCAGAAAGCCAUACCAGCACGUCACUCUGACCGAGGAGCAGUUCAGAGAAGAGGCUGUCUGGAUAUCAAACCUCAUGCUGCUGAAAAAACGACUUGAUUCAGAUCUACAUGAACCAUUCCAGCGGGCGGUCGCAAAGGUCCUCGAGUUCAUGGUCACGGAUGACUGGGAAGUACCCUUCAUCUUCCAGCACCGAAAGGACUACCUUAUCCAUGCCGUCAAGAUCCCGAUUCCCGACGGUGGGACCAACCCUGAUGGAGGAAAGUACAUCGUCGAGGCAGAGAAGCUGCUCAGCAUGAUCGACCUGUGGGAUAUCUUCGAGUACGACCUUAAAUUCCGUGCCCUCAUCGAUAAACGAAACACUCUCCAGACCACAUACGAUAACCUACAGACGAUAUCCAAUGUCAAGGACGAGAUGUUUGAGGAAAUGCUCCCCGCAGCUAUUACCAUGGAAGAACUCCAGGAUGUUCAGGACUACCUUUACUUCCAGUACUCUAUAGAACUCAAGGACAUGGCUCUGGCCACCGCCAAUCACGAAGGAGAGAAUGGCACUGCCGCCCAGCGCCGUAAGGCCUCUACCAAGACCUUCUUCGAGCGUGUGCGCAACAGCCGUGCAUAUGGACUGGUUCGUGCAUUUGGUAUCACUCCCGAUGCAUUUGCGCAAAACGUCAUGGAGACUGGUCGAAGACAAUAUAUCGACGAUGCAAGCGAGAAACCCACCGAUAUGGCCGACAACCUCCUGGACUCGAGCUUCUCCAACGGAGCCCAUGCCAUGAAGGCUGCACGCACAAUGUUUGCUGAAGAACUUACCAUGAGCCCCAGGGUUCGAAAAGUCAUGAGGCAGGCCUUCUACAUGAGUGGAGUGAUCGAAUGUUACCGAACAGAAAAGGGAUUAAAGAAGAUUGACGAACAUCAUCCAUACUACGAGUUCAAGUACCUCCGUGACCAACAGAUCUCGGAUAUCGCGCGCCGGCCUGAGCUCUUCUUGCGCAUGCUCAAGGCCGAGGAAGAAGGUUUGGUUGAUAUAAAAGUUCACUUCAAGGACUUUGACAACUUCAAGAAACGCCUUUAUCCCGAGAUCCAAUCUGAUAACUCCAGCGAGGUUGCAGAUGCAUGGAACAAGGAGCGAAAGGACGUCCUGGAUCUAGCUCUCAGCAAGCUGGAAAAGAUAAUGAGUAAGGGAGUCAAAGAGAAUAUCCGCUCAGAGUGUGAGAACCAUGUUGCGCGCGAGUGCAGAGAAGUCUUCUCGACAAGACUCGAUCAAGCUCCAUAUAAGCCCAAGGGAAUGAUCCUAGGAACCAUCCCUCGAGUCUUGGCUCUUACGAACGGAUCUGGAAUCGUUGGAAAGGAUCCUAUCUAUUGGACUUGGGUUGAAGAAGACGGCCGAGUGCUUGAACACGGCAAAUUUGUUGAUCUUACCCUUGGUGACCCCGACCGCAUGAUAGCUGACGGAAAGGAUGUGGAAGCCUUUGUUGAACUCGUUGAGCGCCGAAAACCUGAUGUCAUUGGCGUAUCGGGACAGUCUCCCGAAACCAGAAAGCUGUACAAGCAACUAUCAGAGCUUGUCCAAGCAAAGGACCUGCGCGGUGCUUUCUACACAGAUGAACGAGAUGAGGAAGUCAGUGAUAUCCUGGAAGUUGUCAUCGUUAAUGAUGAGGUCGCCAGAUUAUACCAGACCAGCCGCAGAGCUGAAGUUGACCACCCUGGAUUCAGUCUACAAAGUCGAUACUGCGUUUCCCUAGCAAAGUAUCUCCAGAAUCCAAUGAAAGAACCAGGUCAGCAACUUAUACCGCAGGACAAGCUAUUAAAACAGCUAGAAACCGCUUUGGUGGAUAUGGUCAACCUGGUUGGUGUUGAUAUCAACGAAGCUGUCAGCGAUGUCUCGACAGCCAACCUCCUUACAUAUGUCUCCGGCCUUGGUCCACGAAAGGCAUCUCAGCUAUUGAAAGUCAUCAAUAUGAACGGCGGCGUGGUAAACAGCCGUAUGGAACUUUUGGGAGUCAAUGCCCAGUACCCAGCCAUGGGAGUCAAAGUCUGGAACAACUGCGCUAGUUUCCUGUACAUUGACUAUGACAACGCAGACCCAGACACAGACUACCUCGACAACACUCGUGUCCAUCCUGAAGAUUACGAUAUCGGUAGGAAGAUUGCUGCUGAUGCCCUUGAACUCGAUGAAGAAGAUAUCAAGGCAGAGACAGACGAGAAUGGACAAGGCGCCAUUGUUCGAAAACUCAUCAAGGAAGAUGCCCAGGAUAAGGUCAACGAUCUUCUUCUCGAAGAAUACGCCGAGCAGCUGGAAAACAACCUAAACCAGCGCAAGAGAGCUACCCUCGAAACCAUCCGUGCCGAACUCCAGCAACCCUACGAAGAGCUACGAAAACAGUUUGUGUUCCUCGGUACCGAUGCCAUUUUCACAAUGUUUACCGGUGAAACCGCCGAGUCGUUGGCCCAGGGCAUGGUUGUGCCUAUUACCAUCAAGCGUGUCUCGGAUGACCAUAUUGACGGCAAGCUUGACUGUGGAAUCGAUGCUCUUGUACCCGAGUCAGAAAUGACAGAUAGAUACGACAUUCCUGUUCGAAGUCUCUACGCGCCUCAUCAGACUACUUUGGCGAAGAUUACCUACCUAAACCGAAAGUCGUUUGUAGCCAACGUUUCUCUCCGAGAAGACCAGGUGAACAAGCCAUACCGGCGACAACUAGACCACAUGCGUGGCGAAUGGGACGAGGAUCAAGAGCGAGAAGACCAGGAGGCUAUGAAGGAGAAAACCCAGACCGACCAACGUGCUCUGCGUGUUAUCAAACACCCACUCUUCCGUCCGUUCAAUGGCAGACAAGCAGAGGAAUUCCUUGCACCUCAGAGCCGUGGUGACGUCGUAAUUCGUCCUUCAUCCAAGGGCCACGACCAUCUUGCUGUUACUUGGAAGGUAGCUGAUGGAGUAUACCAGCACAUUGAUGUUUUGGAGCUGGACAAAGACAACGAGUUUACCGUUGGAAGAAUCUUGAAGAUCGGCGGUAAAUACUCGUACACCGAUCUUGACGAGUUGAUAGUCAACCACGUCAAGGCUAUGGCCAGGAAAGUGGAUGAUAUGACGGUACAUGAGAAAUAUCAGAGCGGCACCAAGGAGGCAACAGAGGGCUGGUUGACGACGUAUACCACUGCCAAUCCCAAACGAUCAGCUUAUGCCUUCUGCCUUGAUACCAAGCAUCCCGGAUAUUUCCACCUCUGCUUCAAGGCUGGGUUGAAGGCACCACUGAACAGCUGGCCUGUCAAGGUGAUUCCACAAGGCUACGAACUGCAACGCACUCCAUACCCCGAUAUGCGAGCUCUCUGCAACGGAUUCAAGCUUCUUCAUGCCAACAUGCUUGCCGCCCAACAGCGACGCGGACGGUGA